AGGGGCACUCAUGGCGCCACCCGUGAGGUACUGCAUCCCCGGCGAACGUCUGUGUAACUUGGAAGAGGGCAGCCCGGGCAGCGGCACCUACACCCGGCAUGGCUACAUCUUUUCGUCGCUUGCUGGCUGCCUGAUAAAGAGCAGCGAGAACGGCGCGCUUCCUGUCAUAUCUGUGAUGAGAGAAACAGAGUCCCAAUUACUGCCAGAUGUGGGAGCUAUUGUAACCUGUAAGGUCUCUAGCAUCAAUUCACGCUUUGCCAAAGUACACAUCCUAUAUGUGGGGUCCACGCCACUUAAGAACUCUUUUCGAGGAACUAUCCGCAAGGAAGACGUCCGAGCUACUGAAAAAGACAAGGUUGAAAUUUAUAAGAGUUUCCGCCCAGGGGACAUUGUCUUGGCCAAAGUGAUCUCCCUAGGUGAUGCGCAGUCCAACUACCUCCUAACCACUGCCGAAAAUGAGCUGGGAGUGGUGGUGGCCCACAGUGAAUCAGGUGUCCAGAUGGUUCCCAUCAGCUGGUGUGAGAUGCAGUGCCCUAAGACCCACACUAAAGAAUUCCGGAAAGUGGCCCGAGUACAGCCUGAAUUCUUACAGACCUAAGAAGCCACACUUUACCCCAUGCAUGGGAGUAAGCUCUUUCCAAGGGUACAUGUGUGAAAGUGACAUCAGGAUGCCGUUGUCUUCAUUCAGGCACCUGGGGCUGGCCAGCAGCCACCUCUAGAAAAAUUUUACUCUGUAGGCAGAACAUUUUUCCUGUGAAUCAUUCAGUGGAUUUCAUUGAGUGAUAAAUUUUCUCUUUUGGAGGCACCAGCAAACCAACUGUAUGAUGGUGGAAAUAGCCUGUUGUUUGUGACAGUCUUAUAAAUAUGUAUUUUUUGCUGUGACAAAGAAAACAUUUUUAUGAAAAGAAUUUUAUGGUUUCUGUUAUAUUGAGUAGGGAAAAGAAUCUAAAGAGUCAUGACACUUAGAGCAGGGUCUUGCCUGGUGGCACCGAUUAACAGACAUGUGUUAUGUGCUUUCUUGCUCUAGACAAUGCCUAAUUGCCGAUCUUUUUUGUAUAUUCUGUUGUACAUACUUUUGCGUGAGUACUUGCUAUGUGUCAGGCACUAGGUUAAGUACUUUAUAUACAUUCCCUCAUUUAGAGAGAUUAUGGUUUAGUGAAAAUUAUGGGACACAUGUGGUGAUUCAGGUAGCAUGUGAGUAAUUCUGAAAGUAAUUUGGUAAACAAAGUAUUACUGGUACAGUAGACACUCCAGGAAAUGUUAAAUCUGAAUUGAAAAGAGGGGUACAGAACACUAUCAUGUGAAGUGGCCAGGAAAGGAUUUGUAACAUGAAGUGAAAGGAAUUAAAGAACUAAGAUAAGUGAGGUGAAGAUAUUCAGAGCAGAGAGAGAAGCCCAAGCAAAGUGCAGAAUCAGGAAUGUACACACAAGCUUGAGGACAAGCAAAGGAUGAGGGUUAAGCAUGGCGAGGUUGCAGAGAGAAUGAAAGGAAAGAUGAAUUAUGUCACUUCUUGAGAUGUUAUUAGGGAGCCCAUGUCUUCUCUGUGAAGUGAGAAUUGUUGGGGUAAGCUUUGGAGUCAUCCCACCUGGGUUUGUGUCCUCUAGUUGCCUUAAGCCGGGUUAUACGUUGUUUUGUUUUUUUUAAUUGAAAUUUUUAUUGACAUAAUUUUAAGUAAUAGCAGUUUUAAGAAAUAAUACAGAGAUCCCGUAUGUACUUUUCCCAGUUUCCCCCAGUGGUGACAUUUUGCAAAAUAAUAAUAUGCUGUACUCUAACAAUCAGGAUGUUGAACUGAUACUUGAGCAAAUUAUUUUUAUUUCUUUAAGUCUGUUUUCUCAUCUGGAAUAGUAUGACCUCAUAGGAUUAUUAUGAGGAAGAAAUGUAUAAAAGUGGUUAGUACACACCAAUAUUACUGUUAUAUAUUAUUGUUGUUAUUAUAUAACUGAUUGUCUUCUAUCAGGUAUCUACUAAAUGCCAGGACUUAAUGCUAGAUACUUCAGUGUAGUUUGUAUUGAUAUAAUCAGUCUCCUAUUGAUAGAUAUUUUUAAACUUUUUUUCUUUUACAGACAGUGCUGCAUAGAAAAUCCCUAUACCAUAUAUCUUUGUGCAUGCCUAUGAUUCUUUUGCAAAACAGAUUCCUAGCAGUGUAAUGCUGAGUAAAAGAA